GCUCGGCGCACCCGGUGUUCGGCGCGGCCGGCGGGCGCCUGCCGGGCUGGGUCAGAAGCUGAAUCCCGUGCGUGGACUGCCGUUCCCUCUUCGCGGGAUCCUUGGCCACGAUAGCAGAUGCAUUUUGUAGGAGUAUUUUGAAGAUGAAUGUUUGCAAAUCAUUUUGAAAUUGCCAAACGCCACAUACAUGGGAUGCAUCCUGCUUUUUUCCUGGAGUUCACCCCUGUGGCUUGGAUUUAUCACUGUAGCAUCUGUCUUCGAUCUAUGUGUUAACUAGAAAUCAAGGGAAGACAUGAGGAGGUUUGUUUACUGCAAGGUGGUUCUAGCCACUUCACUGAUGUGGGUUCUCGUCGAUGUCUUCCUACUCCUGUACUUCAGUGAAUGUAACAAAUGCGAUGACAAGAAGGAGAGGUCCCUGCUACCUGCACUCAGGGCUGUUAUUUCGAGAAACCAAGAAGGGCCGGGAGAAAUGGGAAAGGCUGUGCUGAUUCCUAAAGAUGACCAGGAGAAAAUGAAAGAACUAUUUAAAAUCAAUCAGUUUAACCUUAUGGCCAGUGAUUUGAUUGCCCUUAACAGAAGUCUACCGGAUGUAAGAUUAGAAGGAUGCAAGACAAAGGUCUACCCUGAUGAACUUCCAAACACAAGCGUAGUCAUUGUGUUUCACAAUGAAGCUUGGAGCACUCUCCUUAGAACUGUGUACAGUGUGAUAAAUCGUUCCCCACGCUAUCUGCUCUCUGAGGUCAUCUUGGUAGAUGAUGCUAGUGAAAGAGAUUUUCUCAAGUUGACAUUAGAGAAUUAUGUGAAAAACUUAGAGGUGCCAGUAAAAAUUAUUAGAAUGGAAGAACGCUCUGGGCUAAUACGUGCCCGCCUUCGAGGAGCAGCCGCUUCAAGAGGGCAGGUCAUAACUUUUCUGGAUGCACACUGUGAGUGCACGUUAGGAUGGCUGGAGCCCUUGCUGGCAAGAAUAAAAGAAGACAGGAAAACAGUUGUAUGCCCCAUCAUUGAUGUGAUUAGUGAUGAUACCUUUGAAUAUAUGGCUGGAUCAGACAUGACUUAUGGGGGCUUUAACUGGAAACUGAAUUUCCGUUGGUAUCCUGUUCCCCAAAGAGAAAUGGAUAGGAGAAAAGGAGAUAGAACAUUACCUGUCAGGACCCCUACUAUGGCUGGUGGCCUAUUUUCUAUUGACAGAAACUACUUUGAAGAGAUAGGAACUUACGAUGCAGGAAUGGAUAUCUGGGGUGGAGAGAAUCUUGAAAUGUCUUUUAGGAUUUGGCAAUGUGGAGGCUCUUUGGAGAUUGUGACUUGCUCCCAUGUUGGUCAUGUUUUUCGGAAGGCAACUCCCUACACUUUCCCUGGUGGCACUGGUCAUGUCAUCAACAAAAACAACAGGAGACUAGCAGAAGUUUGGAUGGAUGAAUUUAAAGAUUUCUUCUAUAUCAUAUCCCCAGGUGUUGUCAAAGUGGAUUACGGAGAUGUGUCAGUCAGAAAAACACUAAGAGAAAAUCUGAAGUGUAAGCCCUUUUCUUGGUACCUUGAAAACAUCUAUCCGGACUCCCAGAUCCCAAGACGUUAUUACUCACUUGGUGAGAUAAGAAAUGUUGAAACCAACCAGUGUUUAGACAACAUGGGCCGCAAGGAAAAUGAAAAAGUGGGUAUAUUCAACUGUCAUGGUAUGGGAGGAAAUCAGGUGUUUUCUUAUACCGCUGACAAAGAAAUCCGAACCGAUGAUUUGUGCUUGGAUGUGUCUAGACUCAGCGGACCUGUAAUCAUGUUAAAAUGCCAUCACAUGAGAGGAAAUCAGUUAUGGGAAUAUGAUGCGGAGAAAGCAGGUAAAUGGCAAUAUAAUUUCAAGACCCACACUCUUCUUCACAUAAUCACCCAGUCCUGUCUCUCAGUAAGCAAAGUAGCUGAUGGCUCCCAGAAGCCCACUGUGGAAACAUGUAAUGAUAGCCCUUUGCAAAAAUGGCUACUAAGAAACUAUACAAGAAUGGAAGUUUUUAGAAAUAUUUUUGAGAAUCCUACUGAUUACAUUCUCUAA